UAUUUUGCAUUCAUUUUGGUCUGAUCAUAUUUGUACGUUUCCCUGUUUUUCUUAUUCAAUCCCAAUUCAUUUUCCAGAAAAGGUCAAAGUGUUCUCCAUUUUGGCUGGAAAGAUAAAAAACUGUCAGAAGGAAUUUUUCGACAUUUUGAGAAACCGUAUUGAGAAUCUGAAGGAAGGUCGUACAGUGGACGAGAGUGACAUUAUUCUAGUUUUCUGUCCUAUUGUUUCUCGAGCUGGAACUGAUAUUGAAGCAGCACUGAACAAGGUUGAUUACUCUACAGAUUCUAAGCUAACUGUUCUAGUGGUGCUUCAUCACACGUUUGACCCAGAGAAAAUGGUCCCAGACAGCAGUAGAUAUGUCAAGAGGACAGACAUACUCACAGUGGACUGUCUGUUCAAUGAGGAUACAGGAUUAUUGGAGUGUCCGAAGAAUUCAGAUGCAGCUGACAAAACUGUGAACUGGUUACUACAACAGGGGGCAAAAAUAGGCAUCACGAUAUCACCAUGUCAACACAAAUCAUCUAUCUUCACAGAUGUAUUGACAUUUUUCACACCGGCAUGGGCAGUGGGACCUCCAAAACAGAAAUCUAAUGUGCAAGAGAUAACAUGCAGUUCCUCCCGUCCAGUUAAUUGUUUUAUCCAUGUGACUAAAGACACAUGCAAGUGUGAUGAGGACUUUACAGGAGCUUUAGACAAACGGGUGCAGCUGAGGAAUGUUCCUAGAGUGCAGGACAGUGAAAUCAUUCUGCACUUCUGUCCUGUUUGUUCACCAUCUGACAUCAAUGCAACAUUACAAGAGUACCAAAAGAGACCAGAUAAGCCUGCUGUUGUCAUUUUUCUCCAUAAGACAUUGGAUUCAGACUCUGUGCCAAACAGCAGUGGAUGUGUGAAAAGCCAGGAUGUUUUAGUGGUGGACUGUAUUUUCUGUGAUGGUGAAGGACUGCCUGACUGCAAAAAAAAUCAGGAAGCAAUUUCUGCAGUUGCAGACUGGAUAAAAAAUAAAUUUAGAGACCACUAAGGACGGGUAGCAGAAUGACACCGAGGAUCGAUAAAUCACCUCAUCAACCAUUCAGAAAGAUCCUGUGACUCUGACAACUACAUACCUCAACUCUUCACUGUUGAGAUCCGCUUUAGCUUGUGUCUAAUUAUUAUCCAGUUUAUUCCAGCCACAGUGAACUAAAAACAGAUGUCAUUUGUCUCAGACAAGUCACUGUCUUUGUUUUAUUGACUCAUAGCAUGUGCAUGAAUUGUAUUUACAGAAGCCUAGCAUGUUGACAGGCAUUUACUGUGCAAACCAUAAUACUGAAUAGUUCAAAAGUCCUAUUGGCUACUAAUGAAUGCAAAUAAAUGACCUGACAAUGAGUGUGCAAAGGAGUAAAUCUCUUCUUGCUGCAUAGCAAAGUCCAUGUAUGAUAACAAACUAACGUUCAGUUCUUCUAAUUCCUUACAUUAAUGCAGAGGCAAAUAUAACUAGUUAAAUUCUGUGUAUUUAAUUAAGAGAUUUUCAGUGAAUUGUUUCUGUGUUGGUGUUAAGUAGCUAUACUGUAUUUAAUCUGCAU